CGCACCCGGAAGUAGGAGUGCAGAAGGUGAAGCAACGUAGAAACCAAACAUGGCUCGUCGUUUUCUCUGCAGAUCCGUCGGUGUGUUUCGGCUCAGCAGGACGUCUCCGCCGCUGACUGGACCUCGGUUCUGCUCCCAGACGGAACCGGAGCCUCUGACGGUGAAACUACAAAACAACGGAGUCAGGAGAAUAAUAUUGAACAACCCCAAGAAGAGGAAUGCUCUGUCUUUGUCCAUGCUGGAAUCCCUCAGAGAAAACAUCCUAACCGACGUCGACAGCGAUGAUCUCAGAGUUGUUAUCAUAUCAGCCAGAGGUCCAGUGUUUUCCUCUGGACACGACCUGAAGGAGCUGACGUCGGCUCAGGGCAGAGAAUAUCACACAAAGGUGUUUCACACCUGUUCAGAGGUGAUGACUCUGAUUCAGGACAUACCUGUCCCAGUGAUCGCCAUGGUGAACGGCGUCGCCACGGCGGCCGGUUGCCAGCUUGUCGCCAGCUGCGACGUUGCCGUGGCGACGGAGAAGUCCACCUUCGCCACGCCGGGUGUCAACGUGGGUCUGUUCUGCUCCACGCCGGCGGUGGCCAUCGGCAGAGCUGUGCCGAGGAAGGUUGCCAUGGAGAUGCUGUUCACGGGAACUCCCAUCUCAGCCCAUGAUGCUUUGCUGCACGGUCUGAUCAGUAAGGUGGUUCCAGAAGAGCGACUCGAGGAGGAGACGUUAGCCAUCGCACAGCGGAUCUGUCAGGCUAGCCGGCCCGUCGUAGCCCUCGGAAAGGCCACUUUCCAGAGACAAAUGGCUCAAGGUCGAGACGCAGCGUACGCCACCGCCUCCAAGGUGAUGGUUGACAACCUGGCUCUGAGAGACGGACAAGAGGGGAUCCGGGCCUUCAUCGAGAAACGCAAGCCGGUGUGGAGCAAUAAGGCAGAAAAAGCCCAUGACUGAUGGACUGUUGACGGUAGUGAUUAUCGUCACUGGAAACAUGUGGUUUGGUUGUCACUGGUGUGGAAUAAUUAGCACCAAUCCAAAGUCAAUUCAUGGGCUACGCUACUUUUAAAAUGUAGCUGUGUAAUUUACAAAAUUACAAUGAUUUAAGUUUGAACUGUUGACUUCAUGUUCACGUCCUACUUUUCAGUGAGACUAAAGACAAGAAGCUGAACCAUUUUGUGCCUUUAAAGCUGCUGGUGAGAAGGGAUUCCUCUGUUCACACUCAGAGGACUCCAGAUGUUUGAUGACUUAAUGGUCUCAUAAAGAAUGAGAAUGCUGCUUUCUGUAUUUGUAUAAUUGUAAAUGUAAUAAAUAGGGUUAUAAAUUGG